GUGUGUGUGUGUGUGUGUGUGUGUGUGUGUGUGUGUGUUCUUUGCUGUGAGUGUGUUUAUAUGUAUCAGCUGUACCUCCAUCAUGGUGCAAUGUCAGCUCUACACUCUUGAUCACCUGAUGAAUUCAGGCUUUGGUCGUCCUUAUCCACGACACGGCCUUCAGCUCCUGUUCUGGUUUGCCAAUAACUGUGUGAUCUGCUGUCAAAUCUCUAACUUUGUUGUCUUGAAGCUGGUGUCAGAUUGUCAACCAGAGAGAGGGUCCUUUGGCUUCCACCAGUUUGGUAAUAAUGAAGAGCUCCUGCCUGUACUGAGCAGGUCCAGGAGGGGCACGAGUAGGAGAAAGAUGACGUACUUUGAAGUUGGCAACCUGAACACAGAAACCUACCCUGGUUCUGCAGACCUCCCAACAUAUGUGACGGAAAAUUAUGGAUUGGAUAGUAACUAUAACAAUUACAAUAUUGACCGCAUCAUCAUCAGUUGCCAGGUGAGGACCAGGCUGGUAGAGACGGUGUAUGUCACAGAGCAUGACGCAGCUGUCUUUGGGAGGUUCAGUCCUGACAGGACUUACGAAAUCAGCUGUGAACUGAUCCGAGCCCUGCAGAACUCACAGCUAGAUCUCACCACCUUUCUCACCCAGAUGGGCUACUAUGUAGCUAUGGAGGAGAUAUACAACCCACAGCCCUCUUACAACACAGUGCAGACCUACAGUGGAUCCACAACAACAAGAGGGCAAAGCAGCAACCAGCAGCUCAAUCUCAACACUGAGCUGUUCAGCUAUGACCAGCAAGGAAAUUGCACUGUCAACAUAACCUCAUACAUAAGAGGGCUUGCGGUUGAAGUGCAACCUACACACAAGAAGAGACAACAAGCUUUGUAUCAAAGUUACUGGCAUUCAGACUGGCAGCGGGCUUAUAAAGAUGCUUAUAGGGAAUCCAAAAAAGGGAGUGGAGGUGGUGGCAUUGGCUUGAUCCGCCUUCUCCUCGGUGCUGGAGCACUCUACCUGGCUGUCAAAUGUUGGAGCUGGCUGAGGAGCUGGUGGGAGACGGACUUGAAAGAACAUGUUCUCAAGAAUUUACCAUGGAGAGCUCCAAGUUAUCAACAUCCACAUAUCAUGCUGGAUUAUGUGUUCUAG